AUGGCCGAUCGCGUUACGGAUGCAUUGACGCGCGAGGUGGGGCACGCAGCGAAGGAAUAUGACAGUCUCAAGGGCAUGUCCAAGACAAAUGGUGUCAUGAAGGCACUAUCCCGAGUGACUUCACUACAACCGACCAUUCCUGCACACAAUGUACACCGCUUCUGGACGAAGCGACUUGGGGAACGGCCGAUCGUGUUACAGCUGUGUGGACGCGCGACACGAAAGCACGCAGCGACGGAAAUCAACAGUCUCAAGGGCAUGUCCAAGACAAAUGGUGCCAUGGAGGCACUGUCCCGAGUGACUGCGCGACAAUCGACCAUUCCUGCACACAAUGGAACGGCCGAUCGCGUUACAGCUGUAUGGACGACACGAAAGCACGCAGCGACGGAAAUCAACAGUCUCAAGGGCAUGUCCAAGACAAAUGGUGCCAUGGAGGCACUGUCCCGAGUGACUGCGCGACAAUCGACCAUUCCUGCACACAAUGGAACGGCCGAUCGCGUUACAGCUGUAUGGACGACACGAAAGCACGCAGCGACGGAAAUCAACAGUCUCAAGGGCAUGUCCAAGACAAAUGGUGCCAUGGAGGCACUGUCCCGAGUGACUGCGCGACAAUCGACCAUUCCUGCACACAAUGUACACCGCUUCUGGACGAAGCGACUUGGGGAACGGCCGAUCGCGUUACAGCGGUAUGGACGCGCGACAUGA